UCUUGUGUUGAAGCUUAAGGAUUCCCCUUUUCCAAGCUUCCAUUGAAUCAUAAGGUACCAGAUGACCAACAACUUCUCUACCUCUCUUCUUCUCACAAUCUUCUUCUACAUCUCUCCAUCUCUUAGCACAUACAAAGAUUGCUCCCUCGUGUUCAAUUGUGGGAAGAUCGCUGACGUUGGCUUCCCUUUCUGGGGCGAAGAUCGUCCGCCAAGCUGCGGAGUUCCUAAAUUGAAACUCACCUGUAAAGAUAAUAUCGCCGGGAUCGAGAUGAUGCAAGUGAAAUAUAGGGUGUUGCAGGUGGAUCCGAGUAAAAAAACGCUCAAGAUGGCGCGAGACGACUAUUUGGACGGCAUCUGCCCAGAAACUCGUCUGAAGAACACGACCCUGAACCCAAAUCUCUUCGAAAUGGGGGAUGGGUACGUGAAUCUAACACUGCUUUAUGGGUGCAAUUCACCUCUUAUGGUGGUUCCUGACCAUUUGAGAUUCUCGUGUCCCGUCCAUGGAGAUGGGUGCGUGAACCUUGGGGAGGAAAUGGGGCUAUGGGGCUGCAAGGACAGCGUUGUGGUUCCUGUUCGUGGCGAUGAGGGGCUUUUGGUUGGAGUUUCCAAGAUGGAAGAAGCCAUUAAAGAAGGGUUUGAGGUGAAAUGGAAGGUGGAUAGCGGUGGUUGUGGUGGCGAGUGUGUGGAGUCCGGUGGCGUUUGUGGUUAUGAUUUGAAGCUCCGCCGUGGGAUAUGUUUCUGUGAGAAUGGUGUUUCUUCUUCUUCUUCUUCUUCAGCAGAUGUUUGCCGGAAGGACGGUGGUGCCUCCGUCCACCAGGCGUCAGGCUCUGCAGCCAAGACAGGUGGGAGUGAAUCCAAGAAAAAACACAUAAUAAUAGGCCUUUGUGUUGGAGGGGCAACUGCAUUAGGCUUAUGCCUAGGAUGCUUUGUCUUCUGCAUUACACGACGAAAUAAAAAACAUGUUCAUCCCAAGUUGAAAAGCAAGGAUCUUGCUUCGCCUCCUUCAACUGCACCCAUUCUGAUUCCCUCCACGUUUCGCUCUAAUAUCAUUCCUUCCUAUCCUUAUUCGAGAUCCGAUCUCGAGAACGGAAGCUCCUACUUCGGAGCUCAACUCUUUACCUAUGAUGAACUUGAGGAAGCAACUCAUAAUUUUGAUCCUUCAAAGGAGCUUGGAGAUGGAGGUUAUGGUACUGUUUACUUUGGAACACUUAAAGAUGGACGGAUGGUUGCAGUAAAGCGUCUAUACGAAAACAACUAUAAACGUGUUGAACAAUUCAUGAACGAAGUCGAGAUUCUCUCACGAUUGCAACACCCGAACCUCGUGAAGCUUUACGGAUGCACAUCUAGACAUAGUCGAGAGCUCCUCCUAGUAUAUGAGUACAUUCCCAAUGGAACAGUGGCUGACCAUCUACAUGGAAAACAAGCAAAUUCAGGUCAGCUCAAUUUGGCUGUUAGGCUAAAGAUUGCCAUAGAGACGGCUAAUGCACUAGCUUACCUCCAUCGCCAAGACAUCAUUCACCGCGAUGUCAAAACCAACAACAUUCUUCUAGACAACAACUUCAAAGUAAAAGUGGCUGAUUUCGGGCUCUCACGGUUAUUUCCCCUCGAUGUAACCCAUGUUUCAACUGCUCCACAAGGGACACCAGGCUAUGUUGAUCCCGAGUAUUAUCAGUGCUAUCAACUAACCUGUAAGAGUGAUGUGUAUAGCUUUGGAGUCGUUUUGAUUGAGCUGAUAUCGUCGCUGCAGGCAGUUGAUAUCAACAGGAAUAGAAAUGAUAUCAAUUUGUCGAAUAUGGCUAUUGAUAGAAUUCAAAAGCAUAGUUUGGGUGAUUUAGUAGAUCCGGAUCUUGGGUUUGAGAGGGAUUAUGUUGUAAGGUCUAUGAUAAUGUCGGUGGCUGAGUUGGGCUAUCGAUGUCUUCAACAAACAAGGGAUGUGAGGCCUUCUAUGGAUGAAGUGCUGCAAGCUCUGAGAGAAAUAGGGAAAGAAGUGCUAGACAUUGGUAAUGAUAUGUGAGGCUUUUAAGGAAUGCUUUCAUCCAUAGCUCAAGAUUAAUUAUUACUAUUAGUUUAUUGUUUAUUGUUAUCUUUUCAAA